GCCUGACGGUAACGUAAAUCGUCCAACAUGGAACUCGGGACUCAGAAACUUCUGACCAACAUCGGUCUCGGCUUCUGGUUUCUCAUCGCCGGUGUGGAGUAUGCUGUCAUCCUGCCCACAGCCUGGCUGUAUGUAGAGUCUCUUGGAGGUGACAAGUUCUUCUUCGGGAUGGUGUUCUCAUCUUUCAGCGUAGCCAGCCUGGUUUUUGGAAUCGUCUUCGGAAUCUGGGCUGACCAAGUUGGGAAGACCAAAUGGAUUGUAAUCUUCGCUAACAUGUGGGGAAUAGCAGGAAAUAUGCUGUAUUCUGUAGGGACCUCCAAGUACCUAAUCCUGGGGUCACGGCUGCUGUCAGGGGCAGGGGCAGGGGUGGGGUCAGCCAUCAUGGCUCAUCUAACCCACACCACCACCAACCAGGAGAGGACCAGGAUAUUCUCUUACUUCAUCGCUACACGGUUUAUUGGUAUCAUGGUCGGGCCAGGGUUCAACUUUGUUCUGAGGCUGUGUGAUUUCUACAUUGGUCCUAUCAAAAUAGAUGCAUACACAGCACCAGGGGUCUUCAUGGCUGCUUUGACCAUCUUACUGCAAAUAUACAUGGUCUUUUUCGUCCAUGACCUCCCCUACAUUGAUGACGAACCAGACAGUAAAAGUCCCUCCACUACAAGAGAAGAUGCACAAAGCUCUACAAUUGUGUCCUCCAAUAGCUUGCCCUCUGUGGCAGAUAAUUCUCAAGGAACAAGGGAGGAGAGUAAUCCAAGUCUUUCCCACAAUAGUACAUCAUAUGUACUUGAUGGAAGUAGUGAAAACAGCAGAAACUUGGCAACUAGUUCUAAUAACCAACAGUCAUAUGAAUCUUUUCAUACAUGUCGCUCUAACGUUCACUCUGUGACAGUGGAAAGUCUAGACUUUUACAAGACAGCUAGUGCUGAAAAUGUUCCCAAUGGGGAUGCUGAAGGACUUAUGAAUGGUACUCUAUCACAACCAAAUGGAGUAGUAAACAGUGAGCAUCAGGAUUGUGCAUCAGAGGUGGAGGAUGGCAUGACAGUGAGUGUCAGUGAUGGAGCUACACUGGAUAAGGCCCCAAACCAAGCACCUGAUCAACCAGACCAUCUAGACAAACCAUCCUAUUUUACAUUAUUAUCAGAUGUAUUGAGAGAAGAAACAGUUGUGUUAUUGGCUGUUCAAUUCUGCAUUGUAUUCAACCAGGUCACAAUUGAGGUGAUUGUGACACCAAUAACAGACAAAUUGUUCAGGUGGGGAGAGAAAGAAAAUAGCAUUUUCUACAUCUGUGCAGCUGCAGAGACGGUUGCCUGCUAUGUAGUCAUUGGAUGUAUCAGCAAAAAGCUCCAGGACCGUACCAUUAUCCUGGGAGGUCUGAUACUGUCAUGUCUUUCUCUGGCCUGGCUUGUUGCUUUCAUGACUAGCUUCACCUGUAAGUAGGCAUAUCCUAAUCUUAAUAUUUCCUAUAAGUUACAGCAUCCUAAUAUUAGAGUCUAUUCCAAGUCAUGGAGAAGGUUGACAUUGUCACCAUUUACAAAAUGUUUUCAAUUCUACAUCUUGAAGAUUAGAGAUACUUGGAAAUAUUUUGAAUGUUAUUUCAACUUUCUUAAUAUUUCCCUGGUUAUGUAACUUUGGAAAUAUUCAUGAUGUGGAAUAGGAUACUUCCAAUGGUCUCACAGGAUUUUACCACAUUCUACCAUUUUUUGUAACAUUUUGUACA